CCUGCGAGCUCGUCCAAAAACACACAACGGUCGCCAUGUCUCUCACCGCCGAGCAACAGGACAACUUCGAGGACAUCGAGAAGCAAUUCGCCGUCAAGGGUGCGCAGCGUCCUGUCGUGGCUCCAAGCAUGCCAUCGCUGACUGUCUUCGACANNGCUGUCCAGCACAUGACCACCUACUGGUCCAUUCUUGAAAAGGUGCCCGGUUCUAAGCUCCGCCUGACCAAGAUCGACGACGAAAUCUACGAGCACUUCAAGAAAGACUGUGCGUAUGCAGUUCUAUGCACUCGAAAUCCUGAGGUA